AAGAGCAUGGCGCUCAGCCAGCUAUCAGAGCUCGCCAUACCGUUGCCAGCACGCGCAUAGUAAUUAUAUCUCUUCAUCUUCAUUCUUUAAUCGAGAAGCUCUCCAGGCUUCUCUCUCCCUUCGUUCAAUUGUGCCUUUUGCAAAAUGAGAGUCUUACCAUCCGCGUCGACGUCAUCCGUCCUCUCCGCAACCUCCGCGGUUUUGCUGGCGAGCGCGCAGCUCGUUGCGGGAACGUUGAGCUCGUCGAAUCUGCAGAAUGUCUUGAAGAAUACGCAUCGAAGCGAUGAGUACCGGUAUCCUACGGAUUUUACAAGAGGAAUUUUCCCCAUUCCGGUUCACUCGCACAACGAUUACUGGAGAGAUGUGCCCUUCUACACCGGUCUGUCCCACGGUUGCGCAUCGACGGAGGCAGAUGUCUGGCUAUACAAUGGUACUCUUUAUGUUGGUCACGAGCAGUCUGCUCUGACUGAGGCACGCACCCUCGAGUCUUUGUACAUCAAUCCUAUACUUGAUGUCCUGAAAAGGCAGAACCCAACCACUCGUUUCGUAACAUCACCUACGAAGAAUGGCGUCUUUGACACCGUCUCUGACCAGACUCUCUACUUCUUCAUAGAUCUCAAGACCUCCGGUCCUGAGACCUUGAACGCCGUCAUAGAGGCGCUGCAGCCGCUUCGAGAUGCGGGCUAUCUGACUACUCUGAAGGAUAACAAGACAUUGACCAAUGCUCCAGUGACCAUCAUUGGCACAGGCAAUACGCCUCUGGAGCUUGUCGGUCCAAUUGCUGACCGCGACUACUUCUAUGACGCUCCUCUCGCAUCCUUGAAUGAGACGGAAUACGCUGGAGUUACGUCUUUAAUAUCACCUAUCGCCUCCGCGGACUUCCAGUCUAUUUUUGGCACCGUGUCAGACACAGACCCCGUCUUCACGGAUGAGCAAUUGAGCAUUCUCCGCGCACAGAUUGCUACCGCUAAGAGUCGUGGCAUUGGAGCCAGAUACUGGGACACUCCAUACUACCCCAUCAGGCUGAGAAAUGCCGUCUGGCGGGAGCUGCUGAAGGAAGGAGUCGGGUUGCUUAACGCAGAUGAUCUCGACGCUGUCGCAGAAUUCUUCUAGUAAUGACUGCCAAUCACAAUAAGAUAUUAUUACACUUUUGGUAUUACUCGGCCCCGGUGCUUUUAUAGAGUCAUAUUUGACUCCAAUCCAGGCACUGCACUGAAUAGAAACCCAUGGUUGUGCUGUAAAGACUCCUCGACGAAUCGGGUAAUAUUGGUUCAGCCAAAGUAUAUCACUUCACGUGACCGUGAACGUCCAUCGAACGCGUCUAUCCAGGAGACGCGUUCGUCUGCCGAAG